CUUUUUCUUGCAGAUCAGUCUCUCUCCCUGUCUCUGUCUCUCUGCAUAGGCAAUCUGAGCUCUCACUCAGACAUAUACAACUCUUUCUUUCUUGCUGGGUUUGUAAUGCAUUUUGUUCCUGAAUGUAGGUCAUUUACAACAGAAAGCACCAAUUUCCUCCAAACCCGGUUUUGUUUUUGUUUUUUGGUGGUGUUUGCAUUCCUUUGGACAAGAAAAUCUCCUUGGAUUACCAAAAGGAGAGGAGUCUGGAUUGAUUAAACCCUCCUGUAUCAUGUUCAGUUAGGAUUCCCUGGAAGAACCUGGCUGUGUAUAAAGGACACUUAACGCAGAUGCAGCUUUCCCCCGGCUAAGGUAUAUGUCCUUGAUCUUCAAUUCUUGGAGAGUUGGAAUGGAUGUGUACAUCUAUAUCAGCCCUGCAAUUUUUAGUUGCAAAGAUGAAAUUGUGUGGAGAGACUUAUUUGAAACAUUAUCCUAGUUUGGAGUAAAUUGUCCUUAUCUUCAGCACCUGAUCUCUCCAUGGAUUGGCAUCUGUGCCUUUGCAUCAGCGAAUGGGAGUCACUGUCUUUGUGAAACUAAAUGAUUACCGAUAUUCACCACAUCAUUUCAACAUCCUAUGCGGAGGAAAUAGCUACUGGAAUUAAAGGAUUGUACUCUAGGAAUGGGUUGUAAAUUCAUUAACAACCUUAUUUUUUCUUAGUAUUGGAAUAUGCCCAUGACAGUACUCAGAGGCUUUUCAGCACUCCCUUAGCCUAAACCUUUUACUCUUUAAAAAGUUUUCUCUGUUUUAAGGACUGGUUUUGUAUUCUUCUGAGUGUGGAAGACAGAGAUUUUCUGAUGUUGAUGUAAACAAUGUCGAGGCCAAAGGGACUGUUAUGGCUUCCUUUGUUCUUCACUCCAGUUUGUGUCAUGUUGAACUCCAAUUUCCUUCUGUGGAUAACAGCACUUGCAAUAAGGUUUACACUUAUUGAUAGCCAAGCACAAUAUCCAGUGGUAACCACAAAUUAUGGCAAAAUCCGUGGCCUAAGAACACCUUUGCCAAAUGAGAUUCUUGGUCCAGUGGAACAAUAUUUAGGUGUACCCUAUGCUUCUCCUCCCACUGGGGAGAGGCGAUUUCAGCCCCCAGAGCCUCCAUCCUCUUGGACAGGGGUUCGAAAUGCCACCCAAUUUGCUGCUGUUUGCCCUCAGCACCUGGAUGAGAGGUCGCUACUUCAUGAUAUGCUCCCCAUCUGGUUUACUGCUAAUUUGGAUACUUUGAUGACCUAUGUGCAAGAUCAGAACGAAGAUUGCCUGUACUUAAACAUCUAUGUUCCAACAGAGGAUGGAGCCAACACAAAGAAAAGCGCAGAUGAUAUAACCAGUAAUGAUCGUGGUGAAGAUGAAGACAUUCAUGAUCAGAACAGUAAGAAGCCGGUCAUGGUCUAUAUCCAUGGUGGGUCUUACAUGGAGGGAACUGGCAACAUGAUAGAUGGAAGCAUUCUAGCAAGUUAUGGAAAUGUCAUUGUCAUAACCCUUAACUACAGACUGGGAGUUUUAGGCUUUUUAAGUACUGGGGACCAGGCAGCAAAAGGCAAUUAUGGAUUACUUGAUCAAAUCCAAGCUUUACGAUGGAUUGAAGAAAACAUUGGAUCUUUUGGAGGGGAUCCAAAAAGAGUUACUAUCUUUGGCUCAGGAGCAGGAGCAUCUUGUGUUAGCCUAUUGACUUUGUCUCACUAUUCAGAAGGUCUGUUCCAAAAGGCAAUCAUACAGAGUGGAACAGCCCUGUCCAGCUGGGCAGUGAACUACCAGCCUGCCAAGUACACUCGGAUAUUGGCAGAUAAAGUGGGCUGCAACAUGCUGGAUACCACUGACAUGGUUGAAUGCCUUCGGAAUAAGAACUACAAAGAACUCAUUCAACAGACCAUUACUCCAGCCACAUACCACAUUGCUUUCGGGCCCGUGAUAGAUGGUGAUGUAAUUCCAGAUGACCCUCAGAUUCUAAUGGAGCAGGGGGAGUUCCUAAACUAUGACAUAAUGCUUGGCGUGAACCAAGGGGAAGGCUUAAAGUUUGUUGAUGGUAUUGUUGACAAUGAGGAUGGCGUUUCUCCAAAUGAUUUUGACUUCUCUGUCUCCAACUUUGUGGACAAUCUGUAUGGUUAUCCAGAAGGAAAAGACACCCUACGGGAGACUAUAAAGUUUAUGUACACUGACUGGGCAGAUAAAGAAAAUCCUGAAACUCGAAGGAAGACCCUGGUUGCCCUUUUUACUGAUCACCAAUGGGUUGCUCCUGCUGUUGCCACAGCUGACCUGCAUGCCCAGUAUGGCUCCCCAACAUAUUUCUAUGCAUUCUAUCACCAUUGCCAAAGUGAAAUGAAACCAAGCUGGGCUGAUUCAGCCCAUGGUGAUGAAGUUCCAUAUGUUUUUGGCAUUCCCAUGAUUGGUCCUACUGAACUCUUCAGCUGUAAUUUCUCCAAGAAUGAUGUCAUGCUUAGUGCAGUGGUUAUGACAUACUGGACAAACUUCGCCAAAACUGGUGAUCCAAAUCAGCCAGUUCCACAAGAUACCAAGUUUAUACAUACAAAGCCCAAUCGUUUUGAAGAAGUUGCGUGGUCCAAGUAUAAUCCCAAAGACCAGCUUUAUCUACACAUCGGUCUGAAACCUCGGGUAAGGGAUCACUAUCGAGCAACCAAAGUCGCUUUCUGGUUGGAACUUGUACCUCAUUUGCACAACCUGAAUGAAAUUUUUCAAUAUGUUUCCACGACAACAAAAGUCCCUCCUCCAGACAUGACAUCAUUUCCUUAUGGCACUCGACGUUCUCCUGCAAAAAUCUGGCCAACUACCAAACGCCCAGCCAUCACACCCGCCAAUAAUCCCAAACAUUCAAAGGACCCUCAUAAAACAAAUCCAGAGGAUACAACUGUUCUGAUUGAAACAAAACGAGAUUAUUCCACGGAGUUAAGUGUCACCAUUGCAGUGGGAGCAUCCUUGUUAUUCCUCAAUAUCUUGGCUUUUGCUGCAUUGUAUUACAAAAAGGACAAAAGACGUCAUGAAACUCACAGGCGUCCCAGUCCUCAAAGAAAUACAACAAAUGAUAUAGCUCACAUACAAAACGAAGAAAUCAUGUCCUUACAGAUGAAACAGCUGGAGCACGAUCAUGAGUGUGAGUCUUUACAGGCACAUGAUACCCUGAGAUUAACCUGCCCACCUGAUUAUACCCUUACUCUGAGAAGAUCUCCAGAUGACAUUCCGCUAAUGACACCCAAUACCAUAACCAUGAUUCCCAAUACAUUAACAGGAAUGCAGCCUUUGCAUACUUUCAACACCUUCAGUGGAGGACAAAACAGUACUAAUUUACCCCAUGGACAUUCAACUACUAGGGUAUAGUUCUGCCAUUACCUUCCCCUUCCUUAUUCUCCUUUCUUCAGCAACAUGGAAGAAAGAAAAAGAAAAAAAAAAAAGGAAUGUUUUUCAUCAAGCAGACUUCAAAUAAAAGGAGAAAAAGGGCAGUCAUUAUUUUCUUACUGACCCUUUUCAAAGGAACUUUCCAAUAUUAAAAAGAUCAACUUCAAACCCUGUGAAAUGUGAAAUGUGUACAUUGCUGUUAUAAUACUGCUUUAAGAUCCCAACUACUUCAGUGAAAGUUUAAUGUGUAUAGGACGGAAGAAUAGCCGCUUCAAAAACCUGGAUGUUUUUCAUUGUAAAAUAGAAGCUGAAUCUUCUGGAACACAGCCAAGUGACUCAACCAUUUUUUAAAAAAUAAAAUUAAAAAAAAUCUUUAUGUGCCAUACCAUGAAUGGCCCUUCUUAAGUGAAGACAGUAUCACGGGCUUUUACUCAUUGUAUGAAGCUGUAAUCCAGGAGGAAGGAAAAGUAGAAUUUUAUUAUAAAAAUAAGAGGACUGACUAUGCAGUUAUAUUCGUAUAGUUCUGUGCAAGAGAUGAUUUGCCAGCCUGAACUAUAUUUAAGAAACUUUGUAAAAAAUGUACAUAGAUGUGAGUUUAAACACACACAAAAACAACAACAAAAAGCUUUUAUUGAUGUUUUCAGUUUGAAAGAGCUUUUAGAAAGAUUGUGCUUUCAGUUGUGAUCUAUAUGUAUAUAUACAUUAGUCAUAUCACCCGUUUCCUCCAGAAUAAGAGGGGACUUUUCUUCUUAAUUACUUGUGGUAAACAAAGAUAUGGGAUUUUCUAACAUGUUUCAUUUGUAGGAGGACAUGGCGUCAUACAGAAAAUAAAGAUUGUCUGUGUGACCUGCACAUUUCCCCUUACAGGUUGCACAAAUGCAUGUUAAAGCAUUCUUAGGAGAUGGUUGUUUUUAGACAACAUUUAUUUUUGAGGUGUUAGCCUUCAUGAAAUUGCAACACAAAGGUGGAUCAGAAAACUGGAAAAAUUGUAUUUAAAGUUUAUUGAAUUAAAUGAAACACACACACACACACAAAAUGACAAAAAAAAAAAAAAAUACAAGUCCAGUUCUGUAGUUCUGGUUAUUUGAAUAUGUUUGGGAAGAGUUGCUUCCCAGUUCAGUACCCUGCCAAAAGUAAAGAAAGCCUGCCUUUUGGUUAGCCUUCUUCUCCCUACCCCCAAUCCUCUCCAACGCCCCUCACCCCCACCCCUCAGUAAAUCUAGCUCUGUGUUCACCAGCAGCUGCGGAAGAACUCUGGCUGAGAAAGUACCUGCUCAGCUUUGCUAAUCAGAAAAUUUGCAGUUUCAAGGAAGAUUUUUUUUUUCUUUUUUAAAGAGCAAGGUUCUUAUUUAUCAAAUUACAGUGAUGAAAUUUUUUCUUCCAUAUUUCAUUUAUAUGAUCAAGCUUAUGCCUGUCUGAAAACUUUUUUUUUUUUUUUUUUUGCGGAUUUCUGAUAUUAGCAAUCACCAAUCAAUGCAUAUGAUAGAAAGAAAAAAAAAAGGAACAAUAAACAACUAUGCUUUGCAUGAGUUUUCCUGAAAGUAUGGAUGGCUUCACUGUCAAGUUAUCAUAAGAAAAGAAUUAACCCAUGACUUUUUUGAAUCAGAGAGCCGGAGAAAAAGUAGUCAUCUUUCAAGGAGUCAAUGAUCAUUCCCCUUUUCUCUUUCUUCUUUAUUUUUUUUCCUUUUAAAUUUUUUCCUAAGGAAUGCUUCAAGUGUCAUAAGCUGAAAAGUAAGGGAUGGUUGCUUUAUAUUUUGUCUUUUGAAAGUUACUGGGUCACCGAGAAAUAGUAACCAAAGAUACAUGAAGAGUCUUGCUCUGCACUUGAACAUGUACCCAAUCCCCUCAAAAACAAAAAAAUAAAAAAAAAUAAUUUCAUUUUUUAAGUUGGACAUAACACUGUCACUUCCCUACCCUAUGCUCUACCUAACAUACAUACUGCCUUGCACCCUUAUCAUGAAGUCCUUUGGAUAACCAGUCUCUGACGUGUUAACUUUAGAAAUUCUCAAUGUCUGUGAGCGCUUUUUUUCAAAGAGGAGUUACAGAAAAAUGUGAAAGUAACACGACAAAUUCAUGAUUUUUACCUAACUUCCUAACUUAUGUUUGAGAGUGAGGUGGUACACAUAUAUUAGGUAUGCCUCCACAUUAGCCAUGGUGAAGCAACAGCACCUACUUGUAUGUAGUGAUCGCAUAAAGAACUGUUUCUUCCCUGAUUCAUCAUUUAUUAUAUCUGACUCUUAGUAGGCUAUACCCAUAAGCUAUGUAUUGCCUUCACUGAGAAAGUAAAUAGGCUCUUCGACAAACAAACAAAGGCAGUGAUGCUUGGCAUCAUAAUAAGUUGGGUAUGUUUGUAAUGUGAAUUACAGUAUAUGUUUAGUACUUCCAAUUGUCUACUGCUAGCAAUAUGUACAGUAAUGUGUCAGGCUUGUGACAUUUGGGUAAAACAAAAAGUUUCUGUGAGUGAAUGAUAUUAGCUUUUAAAAAUGAUUAUGAUCAAAAUCAAUUUACUACAUCUUAAAUGAUGUCUGAUUUCUACAUGGAAAAGUGUUAUAGGAUCUUCAUAGCAUUCUAUGAGAACAAGAUAUUCUUGCAAUCUGUUAAAAAAAAGGGGGGAAAAAGAAAACUUUCCCAGGCUUUUAUUCUUGACCUUUAAAGGCACGCAGGGUUUAAUGGUUUCUUUGGUUAUUGUUUUGCAAUUUUUUGUUUUUGCCUUAAGUAAUGAUAGAAGAUAUAUAUGGCUGGACACAUAUGUAUAAACUUUUCAGCAGCAUUUUUAAUAAUAAAAUAUCACAGUAUUUUCUAAUGCUUUGUGCAAAGAA